AUGCCCGAUUCAAACAGUGGCAACAAUACGCAGGGCCAGCAAGGGCCGUCUGAAGCUGAAAUUAGCGCCAUUAUGAGAAAAGCGACUACAUAUCACCUGCAAUGCAUCAUAAUCCGGUACUUCGAUCAAGGCUCCUCAGAGCGAAGCGCCAUUAUUAAAGUCCUUAACCAUCUUCAAUCGACUGUUCCUAAUAGUCCAGCCAAGGGCGGGGUACAAGACAUGGAGAGUACUAUCCACGCUAUUAACGAGCACAUUGUACUGUAUCUUAUGGCGUACUACAAUGACCAUGCGAAGGAUGUAGAGGACAUACAACUUCGUGAUAAACUUCGCGAGCUGUAUAAGGCACUGCAGAAGGCUGAGCUAGAUAUAGUGAAGCAACGAAAGCGGAUCGAUACGAAAGCGGCCAUCGAAAAACUCAAGGCGUGCACGGGUGCCGUGGCGGCAGGCAGCGACCAGGCACCAGCCAGCGACCAGGCACCAGUCACUUCUGCCGUCGCAGCUACCCCUAAUAUACCGCUACAAAGCAGCAAUAUGAUGGCAGGAGAGAAGCGCAAGUUAACCUCAUCGUCUCCAAAACAGGCAAAAUUCAGCUGGUCUUACAAGAGCAACAAAGUAGAGAAGGCUGGCUCUGAUGAGGUCACCAGGCACAGCGGGGACGUUCCCAUGGUCGAUGCUCCUCCAGAAGAAGAAGAUACAACACUAUAUGCUGCCACGGACGAGGACGAUACCAUGAUCGAUGCUACAGACGACGAGCACGCCGGAAAGAACUGCAUCGACUCUGCAGCUACCUUGCCGGACUGGAAAUGCACAGGCGAGGUUCCAGAAUCACCACAGUGA